AUGGUAUUGGCUAAGAUAGCAUUAGGAACAGCAGGUGCAGUGACUGUUGGAUACUUAUUUGUUCCACCAUUCAAUAGAAAACUUGAAAGAAAUGUUCUCAGACCAAUCAGAAAUUAUAGAAGACACUUAUAAUAAGAGGAUUCAUUCAAAACAGAAGAAGAAUUCUAUUAAUUUUUAGGAAGUGUAGCACUAGGUACCUUGAGAAUGUUUACAAUCGAAAGCGAUUGAGCAAUUAUAAUAGAUAUUAAUAAAAAAUCUAAUACAAAAUUAAGAAUUUUAUAUAA